GCGACAGUCAGCAGUUGGACGCAUGUUUUGGGGUCCGCCUAUCUUCGUCUUGGGAAUAGUGGAAUCUGUUUCAGUCGCAGGAGCGACUAAGUUGUCUAUGAGUGCUUGCUGUGGCCACAGUGAUUCCCCCGAGAGGUAACCAAGGCUUGAGUCGUGAGGUGGCCAAGAUGGCGUCUGCUCGGCAGGAUAGGGAGCAGCUGAAGAUACACAAUAUGACAGCUCACGACUGGGAGGAGGAGAAACGCAAACACAAAAACUCCCAAAUCUACGAUGAUGGAACCAUGUCUUUCUUCUGGCGCGCUCACACCAUCACAGUGCUGUUCAUCUUCAUCAUCAUUCUGUUUUAUGUGGCCCUGUUUGAAGAUGUCGUCCCUGACAGAGACUACAAUGCCAAACGAGGACUGAUGGCAGUGGUGCUAGCCUUUCUACUGUUUGGAGUGACCCAGACUCCUGAUGGACCCUUCGUCAGACCACAUCCAGCAUUUUGGAGACUUAUCCUGUGCCUGAGCAUAACAUAUGAACUUGCCUUAGUAUUUUUGUUAUUCCAGAGAGUGGAGGAUGCAAGAUUGUUGUUGAAACAUUUUGAUGAAGAUUUAGGGAAGGCAUUACCAGAGAAGGCGUAUGGUGGAAACUGUUUUUUGUAUGACGCCAACCACACAGAUCUUCACAAUAUAUGGGACAAGGUGGAUGGCUUUGUUCCCACCCACUUCUUCGGCUGGUGGCUGAAGACCCUGAUACUCCGGGACUGGUGGCUGUGUACCGUGCUCAGUAUCAUGUUUGAGCUGUUGGAGUACACCCUAGAACACCAGCUGCCCAACUUCAGUGAAUGCUGGUGGGAUCAUUGGGUGAUGGAUGCCCUUGUGUGUAAUGGGUUUGGCAUUUAUCUGGGCAUGAAGACCCUGCGCUACCUGACCAUGAAGCCAUACCACUGGAGGGGCAUGUGGGACAUCCCCACAUAUAGCGGCAAGUUGCGUCGUGUUGCUGCCCAGUUCACGCCUUACAGCUGGACGGACUUCGACUGGAGGCCCACUGCCAGUCUCAAGAGGUGGUGUGCCAUGUGUGGAGUUAUCGCUAUAUUCCUGCUGGCAGAGCUGAACACGUUUUACCUGAAGUUCGUCCUGUGGAUCCCCCCCGAACACUACCUGUGCCUUGGUCGUUUGGUUUUCUUCCUUUUCAUGGGAGCUGCAGCGAUGCGGGAAACAUUUCAGUAUUUAGAUGACCCGAAGUGCAAGAAGUUUGGCCGCCAGUCGUGGAUCAUCGCGGCAAUCAUAAUCACUGAGUGCCUCAUUACGUUUAAGUUCGACUGGGAACUUGUUGUGAAGCCAGUCCCACAGCUUAUAGCCUCAUUCUGGCUGGCUGGCUUUGUGUGUCUCGUCAGCUGGACUGUGUGGAAGUUUUACGUCAAGAGGGACGUCAAGAACGAUGUCCCCAAGAUUGAGCACAAUGAAGAUGGAAAAGUCGACAUCAAGUCCCCGUCUAGAGAAGCCCCUAUGCAGCUGCGAACUCGCCCCAUCAAUGGCUCUGUACAUUAGGAAUGUAUCAGUUCUCGUCCUAGGAGUGUCUUUUGUGAAAUGGUCCUUGGAAUGGUUUUAUAUAUUCUCAUAAUCGGAAAGGAGACUGCUUUAAAGAUCUUGUAAUUGUGUCUAAAUGUUUUCUCUGA